AAGGUAAUCUAAAAAUCUGAAAAAUAAUUUUGAUUUGUCGAGAAAAAAACCAACAUCAUCUGGAUUCAAAGUAAAAGGGCUAACUGGCACUUUGGCCUUUUUUUUUCUUGCUUUCUUUUCUUACACAAAUGCAUCUUUCCUAUUGAUGAUAGAACAACAACAACAGCAGCAACAGCAACAACAACAGCCAGCCAAUAAGGUGGUUGCAAACUUUCUUCAAGUAAAAGACAUGAAUGCACAAUGUAAAAAUUUUGAUUGCGAAGUGAUUGUGCUCCAGCCAGCAGACAAUGAGCCAACAGGUACACGUGACGGAGAUAUAGUUUACAAGUUUUUAGUAGCAGAUAGAACAGGUUCAAUCGUAUUGACUGUUUGGGGCACAAAAGGAAGUGAGAUAAAGAAUGGAGAUAUUUUACGUCUAUCGGGAGUGCAUUGUAAGUUGAGAAAUGGACAUUUGUAUAUUUGUACGCCUAGUAAAUGUAAAUUAAAGAGAGUGGGGCAAGAUACGUUACCGUUUAGUGAGAAACCAAACAUGUCAGAGAAAGAAUACAUUAAGCCUGUAUUAAACGCUGCUAUAAAUAAUAAUAGUAAUAAUAAUGUUGUCACAAGACAGCAGCCUUAUACAUUUAAUAGAGGCCAUCGUAAUAAUAAUAAUAAUAAUCAACCAAGAACAAAUCGUAUAAGAUAUCAUCAUGAUUUGGAUAAUCCUGUACAGUAACCCUCCCUCCCUCCUCCUUUUCUCUCUAUGUCUAUCUUUCCCCUUUAAGAAAUAUUCAUUUCAUUGUAUCUCUCUAUAUAUUCUCUUUGUAAUAUAAUAAAC